GGAUAACAUAAAAAGUCCCUUUUAAACUAGUUAAUGUUUGAACUAGUUAAUGUUUUAUUUAGAUAAAUAAGAAGUCCCUUUUAAACUUUUAGUUGUAUUAUUAUCUAAUUUCUCGCUAUUAUUUUUUUAAUUCUUAAUAUUCUAAAUUCUAAUUGGACGUGGUAGUCUAGUGACCACAUAUCGCACAAGACCUAAUUAACCCUACCAUCCUUACCUUUUCCCCUUCCUCUGUUCUUUUUCUUAUCUUUCCCCUUCCAUCUUCCGCCGCUCCUCUGUUCUUUUUCAGUUUUCUUAUCUUUCCCCUUCCAUCUUCCGCCGCUCCAUUCAUUUCAAUCUAUAUUAUCUCUACAUCUAUGGUGUUGAAAAUGAAGGAUGUCUUUCCAUUCCCUCCUACGGUCUCCCUCUCGGAGUUCACUGGCAGAGCAGCGGCGGAGAAGAGUGGCAGAGCAGCGGCGGAAUAGAGGCGUGCCCUGGUCGCCGGUCGUUUUCUUCUUGAGCCGGUGCUGGAGACGAUCGCCGGUCGUCGAGCAGAGGCAGAGAGGACCGCCGGUCGUCGAAGGAGGGAGGGUCGCCUUCUCGUCCUCGAAAAGAAGAGGAAUCGCAGCGGCAGCGGCAGCGGCAGCAAACGAAGGUCGAAGAGAUGAUUUAGGGUUUUGGUUUUAGGCUUCGGCCGAUUAAUUUUUUUUUUCUUCCCCUUCCCUAAUGCAAAACGACGCCGUUUCCUUUAUAUCUGCUCACCCCCGGUUAGACCAAAACCGGGCGGUUUUUUGAGUUGAGCCGGUUGUGCCAGUAAAACCGACCGAAACGGCAGUAUCCCCGCAGUCCGUCUGUCGUACCGGUCAGGCACCGAAAUCCGGUUUUACCGGUUCGACCGGCCGGUCCGAUCCGGUUUAAUUUACUAUGGUUUUAAGUCAAUUGUGCUACAUUGAUCCGUUUGGCAGCAUAAAAUUUGGAUGAAGCAAUUUGGGCUGGGGAAUUCUGAAUUGACUCAUUUUGAGCCAAUUACAAUUGUCUAGGGUGGGGGCAGGUAAUCUGAAUUUACUUGUUUUAAAUGACUCGUUUUGUAAAAUGAAACAAUUGGUCAAAUUGUCUAGUUUUACAAUGGAUCCAUCCAAACAAGACCGAGUAUAACCCUAGUUAGUAAUGGAUGUCUAUUAGUAAUGAAUUCCUUUUAGGAUGUGUUUGGACAGAAGGAUUUGUAUUUGGUAGUUGUGAAUUGGAUUCUCCAAUGUCAAAUCAUUUGUUUGGAUAUUAAUUAAUUGUAUUUGAUAUUUGGAUUUGUGUCAAAAUCAUGGGGCGAUUCUCAAAUACAAGUCUAGUAUUACUUGUCAACUUCAAAUACAUUCAAACAACUAGUGAUUUGAAAUUCCUCCUAACAAAAGAUUGGAUUUGUUUGUGACAUUUUAAAAGUUCAGGUACUAUCGUGUGAGGAAAACUAUAUUAAGGUACCAAAAUGUAAUUUUAUCACUUAAAUUCCAGGACCACUUUGUAAAAUUUUAAACGUUAUUUUUCGAUAAGUAUUUUUUUUAACGUUUGGGUACUUAAAUUGUAAGGAAAAAAUAAUUUUGGGUAUUAAAAUGUAUUUUCCAAAUUUUAUCGUAAGUGACCAUAAAUUUAGAAUAAAAAACCUAAACACCUAAAAUACCAACAAAUUACGAAUGAGUAACCAAACAACGAAUUUGAAAUACACAUAUCCAAACACACCUUUUUGUGAUCCCGAUAUCUUCUCUUUUAAUAAGUACUAGUGUGGGCCCCAGCCAGUUGGCCGGAGGAAGUUGAGGUAUGAAAUUUGAUAAUGUAAUGGGAUGUAUUGCUUAUUAUUGUAUAGUUUUUUUUUUUGGAAACACGUGAUAAAAAUAGUGAAUUUUAUUAGGAAAGAGACAUGAAUGAGGCAAUGAAUCAAAAAUCGUCCUUAUGAACCAAAAUAAGUACCUGCUACCUUGUGAAACAAUAUUGUUUCUCGUAAUAUGAUGAGGUGGAGUAAGUUUUAUAGAAACCGAAUUCCAUAAAAUCGAAUAAAAAAUCGCCUAUUCCGUCGGUUUUCGGGAAAUGAGCAUCUCACAAUCGUUGCUAGCUUUUACUCGGCUAGUUGGUCGAUUAAUUUGCUUUAUAAAACUUUCAUCUUGUCGUCAUUGUGCUUUCUGGUUUUUGUCAGGCCAUGAUAAAAUCUAAGGAAAUCAAGAACGAACAACACGAUUUGGGAUAGGAACCACCGUUGUCGUAUCCCUAGAAAAUGGUGGUAAACACGGACUCACCUGCCAAACUGGUUUGGAUUGAGAUUUUUAUCGGGUAUCAGGGAAACAUGUGAUUAUAAAUUAGACUUAAUCAAACCGGCCAAAACUUGAAAUUCAGCCUGUUUGAUCGACCCAUGCCAAAUUCUAAUUAUUCUUUACUUUUAAACUUUCUAUUUGAAAAUAAAAAAUAGUGAAAGAAAAGAGAUGACUGCAAUUCGUCAUUUGCACAUCACUUAUUCGGGAAUAAAACCAUAGAAAUUCA